UCGCCUGGAGUGGUUACCAGUACCGCGUAAGGCGCGUGUUGAAGCUGAAAUUAGUGAUUCAACAAUUUUCACAUUUUAUUACCCAAAAAAUUCCUCAACAAUCAACACCUAUUCACCAUUUCAAUCGAUCACAAUGAACACCCGUGAUUCCCGCAUUUAAAAAAAUUAUCCAUUUUUUUGUUAAGUGUUAUCAAUGUGAAGACCAGUGCACAAUGAAGUUUAUCAAUUUAUCUUGUUUGUUAUUAUCCCCCGCGCUUUACAUUUGAAUCUGGAAAUUUAAUCCGCUGGUGAUUCCAAUCGAGGGAAUACGAAAGUUAAUUCAGCAGUACCACAGCGUAGUCUUCAACACAAAGAAGGAGUUACAAAAGCACGACGCCAGGGCAAGGCUCGCUGUCAAGGGCGCCAACUCCGUCUACCAUGCAUGCCUCUACAUCGUGUUCAUUCGCGAUAUUCCAGAUGGCGGAAGUGCGUAUCACGCGAUGACGGAACUCCAGACGUCUUUAUCUGGAUAUCGCGGCCAGGACGAGGCCUCGAUUCAUUCCAAUGGUGAUGAAAAUAUUUACAGCUACACCGAGAGCUCUGGUUUUGAUAGUUUUACUUUGGUGCACGAUGAAAGAGAAGCGCAAUCGCCACCUCCAACGCCACCAGUUCGCGACGCAUCGAGUCUCAAGAGUGUCUGUUAUGGCCCAGGUCAUGAGAAAUAUCCGUCCUGGCCGAGUAUCAGAGAUAGUGAGGAGAAAACAGCGGGCUGUAAUGUAGCACUAGGUUCCCACAGAUCGAAAUCAUGGACUGAUCAUACCAAUUAUCCAAAAGAAAAACUAGUUCAAUACACAAGACCGUUGACCAAACGACCCACUCCCACCUUCACCCAGCAGCUCAAGACCGUAAUGGAGAAGUGUGAAAAAAUACCAGCUGAGUCUUUUGAGCCGCGAAAAAAUUUUUCCAACAAUCAGCAACGAGAGCUCAGAGUCUGGCCCCGCGUUGAUAGAGAAGGAAAAGCUUAUGGUGAUAAUGGAUAUGUCGUACCAUCACCACCAGAACGCGAACAGCAUCAGCCACUUCAAACACUUACUCAUGCAGAUUUCGAGGCGUACAUCCGGAAUUAUCCCGAAUCACAAAUCGACUGUUAUGGUGCAACUUUGCCUCAGGAAGGGCUCGAUGAUUUUACAAGAGUUGAGCACAACCAUCAGCCGAGCUAUGCACAGUCUGAGGGCUAUCACAGUUAUGUGUCUAGUCUUGAUUCAACGACCAACACUCCAUUUUUGGAUAGACUGAGAAGGGACAGCGAAGCUGUUGCGCACAGACCGAAUCUAUCUACCUGGGAAGAUAUAUCUCACGAAGGUAGAGACAGUGUUGUGACAACAUCAAGUGGUGGCAGUGCAUCAAGCAGCGAGACAUUGAAGUGGCAUGGAUCAUUGUCUGAUGUUAGUGUGUCUUCUGGACUUCAGGCGCGUCGUUUGAGCUCCGAAAAUUGGCCGCACUCAUCGUUAUCUGAUGUGAACAGUGUUAACGAGACUAUUAAAAAAUUGACAAACGACUGCAAGUGUCAAUCAAGUAAAAAUAAUCAUAACGGAAAAUCAGCGAAAGUUAUCGGUAACGAGUGUUUAUCUGGAAUAAUUAGUCAGUGUACUUUUGUCAGUAAUGGCGUGUGUCAAAUGACAUCCAUGUCGAAAGAUGAUUGUACUGAUGAGCGAUAUUUCAAUAAAAGAGAGACAAAUUCAUUGAUGCGUAAAACGAGUGUAUUAAAUUCGAGUUUGAACGAGCACAAAGAGGAUUGGGGUGUCAUUGAUGACGCAACUGAUAUUGAUCAAGCCAAUGUCACUGUGCACGGCAGUAAACAAUUGAUUGCGCACAGCUCGAGAGUUCAGACACCGCAGAGACAUCACUCUGAGAGUAUUUUGUACUUGGACAAAAAGCGCGGUCAACGGAAAGUGCAUUCUGCAUCGUCACCCUCGUCUGUUCACAGUAAUCAAACGAUUUCGGCAAUUUCACCUCAGCAAAAUCAUCUGUCGGUGUCGGAACGAGUCGAUGAAUUGGAGAAACAACAAAUACGGUACACUUAUCUGGAUCCAGACAAACGUCAUCGGGUAUCAGAUCCAACGCUUAAAGCUAUUCAGAAAAAGGCUCUGUUGUCAUUCUACGAGAGACAUCAUCAAUCCUCCUGGAGAUCCGAGCCACAGCUCGUUCAGGGUGUGCCUCAAGUUCAGCAUUCACCACCUCAGCCGCCAUUUCGCUCAAAAUUAUCGUCACCGAGGCGAGCGAGUUCGGCUUCUGAUUACGCGAAUAGCAAUUGGCGGAGUAAAAAUAGCAAGAGCAGUAACAAUCAUCAUCAUCAGACGAAUCAAAAGAGUAACACGUCGGAUUCACUGAGUCCGAAACACAAACACAGUAACAGCUGUGGAAGUCUUUCAACCGCUUUAUUAGGGCCUGUAAUCGUUGGAACAGCCAUUUCCAUUGACGACUGGGUGCCAGAACGACCGCCCAAAAAACCUCACCUGAGGUCACUUUAUACCGAUCGAAUACCGAGUCCUGAUCUACCUCCACCGUCGCCACCACCUGUUACUGAUAAUGAAGUAUUCAAUUGUGAUGAGCCCUUGCCUCCUCCUCCCGCGGAGUUGCACGAUGGCAUUUUGGAUUUAUGCAAAACGAAUUCACUGUAUCAAGAUCAUAAUGUGAAUGGGAGUAAUACUAUUCGACGAAUGAAAUACGAGAGAACACUCGUUCCGAAUAAUGAGGGAUUCCCCCAUGUGUCUCUCAGAGGAUCGAGUUUUCGGUAUUCGUCGGCAAGAUGUGGGACGGAAAUGAAUAAUAUCAAAUUAUCUACAAAAAUAUCUGAUAUAUCGGAGCAAUAUGGUGGUGAGGGGUGUCACGAAAGGGGUGGACCUAGGAGAUCACUCAGAUCGUGGGGCAUUAACCAAAUCUCCACUGGGAGACACGACAGUGGAACUCUCACUCUGGGUCAAAAACCCCAGCCGCAGGUUUCCAGGAAUCACUCACUAUCCAUCAGUAGACAGGCGUCAAAGCCUGGAAACAAGUUUCCGGAGAGCAAUUGCAAGUCGUCGGAGGAUAGAGCAUCCAGCAAGUACGACGAGUUAUCGCAAUAUUUUCCGUAUUAUCAGCAAUCAACUCAUUACGCUCCACCACUGAAAAGCACUGAUGCACCAAAAAUUUCGCAAUUAUCGCACACACAUUUAAAUUCAUUAUCACCACCGCCAUUAGCACCACGACAGAACAUGUCGGGAGGUAAAUCAAUGCCUCCACCGCCACGGCCAGCACCACCUGGUCAAAUAUUUCAUAGAAAAUCCUCGAAGAAUUCCUACCCAGAUAACAAAACUUACAAAAAUUCCGUGGUACCAGGUCAUGGACACGAAUGGCCGACGUACCCUAAGCGCGAUAAUCCCUUUGUACGUCAAAUAAAUUGUAACGCAUUGCAAUAUCAGACACUCGAUCGACAUACCGAUCACGAUGGAGUUCUCACAGGGAGAAUGAAUGGAUCGAUAAUAUCAAGUGUUAAUUCAACAUCUGAUAAGAAUAACAUGAAUAUCAUUAUGACUAACGAUAAUACGCAAAGAGAUAAUAAAAUGGAGAGAAAUAAUCACUGGGAAGGGGAUGAAAAUCAUUCAGUUAUGACUCCAAUAGAAAUUACUGAGGAUAGUCGGCCCGCACAAAAGGUAACCAUUGAAAUGACACCGAGUAAAGUGGAAUGCGAGGUUUCUAACAAUGCAUGUUCUAAUAACCAUCACUCGACAGCAGGUUCUGUCGGUGAAGUUGAGAGUGUUGAAAAUACUAAUGAUGAAAAUAUAAAUGUUAAUUCAUCGUCAUUAUCGGCUGUACCACUUGAAUAUGCAGAGUUGCAUGAUAACAAUAAUCGUGACAGAUCAAUAACGUCGAAGAGCUUCUCGUCCCCCGGACCUAAUGAGACAAUUGAUUACGAUGAUUUGUUCGUGAAUAAUCACGAUAAUUCGUCUCAUGGGAAUAAUUCUGAGAGCGCAUUGCCUGAGAAUUCACAGAGUGAUGGUUCUAGUCAAAGACUAAAUUCGUGGACAAAGUCUGAAUCGAGGUCACCAUUGCUGUCGAGUAAUUUGACAAUGUCUGAUUUAUCGUACUCAUCAAUAUCAUCACAAUGCUCUCGAAUUGAAUUCUCUCCGUGUGUGUCACCUCAACCCGGCAUUGAAGAGUUGAGACUUCUUCAGAGGACUGAAGUCAUUCUCAGAAUUAAUGCAACACUCGAUGCUGCUUCGCAAACUGAAGUUAUUGAAGCUGUAGAACCGGGGGAUAAUAAUAGUGAGAGAGUUAUUCCAGAGAUGAGGAAAAAAUUGCCAGAGGAAAUUGAGUGUGAAGAAUUGAGUAAGAAUCUUGUUAAUCAACUGGCGCCUCAUGACAAGCUAGUUCCCAUUUUAGUACCGACACCCAACCACAAACGAUCGACAGAUUACGUUUCGGAUCUUUUUCGAGUACAAGCCGCGAUAAAUCCUCGACUCAAGUCCUCGGAGUGCUAUUCACCAGGAACCGAUGCUGAAGGAGAUGAGGAGCAUCAAUAUUCACACCAAAUGAUGGAUGGAGAAGCUGCGAGGAUGAGUGAACUAUCGCUGAGUGAUACUAGUACUGAGAGUGACGAUCAGAGGCAGAAGAAGGAGGAGCUUGUACUCAGGUUAGAUCGCAAAGUCGUGGUGUUGCGGGCUGAACAAGAAGCUGUGCGCGAAGAAGACGAGACGAAUGAAGCACUUGGGGCUAAAGUUACAACGAGAAUUUCCGCGGUGGCAAGACCAGCCGAAAUCGCUAAAUUCCGAUUGCAUAUUGAGGAAGUGGGGAAGAUCACGAGUCUUCUCCUGGGUCUCAGUGGCAGAUUAGCAAGAGUGGAAAAUGCCCUGCAUGGAAUGUCCCCAGAUCAUCCUGAGAAGAAAAUAUUGGAGAGCAAGCGCGACAAAUUGCUCGAACAACUCGAAGAAGCGAAGAUUCUGAAAAUCAACAUCGACAAACGCAGUUCGAACGUCUCAGCAAUUUUAUCGAAAUAUUUGAACGACGAGGAGUUCGCGGACUAUCAACACUUCAUCAAUAUGAAGACAAAAUUGAUAAUGGAUAGUCGAGAGCUUCAGGAUAAAGUAAAACUUGGUGAGGAACAAUUGUCAGCGCUCAAAGAAGCUAUUGGAUAGUUCCAUUAUGUGCAACGAGACGAGUGAAAUUGAACGAGUGCUGUGAUUAUAAUGAAAAACUUAUGAAUAUUAACAUUCCUACAAUUACAACUCAGUAUAAUGCCUGGGAAUAACGAGAGUAUCAUAUGUUGCCUUAGAUUUAUAAUUUUACAAUUUUAUUUCUCAUUGACUACGUAGUACGUGAGUCCAUGAAACUCUGCGAAUUCUCAAGUUCCUAGUCCUUGUUAAGUCCCAGUUAUUCCAGUAAUAGCCUUUUCUCCUUUUUCUCCAUCAUUGAGUCAUCAAUGAACUGUGCAAGCUUCAUUAUUAUACGUGGAGAGAAAAAUACAGGAAAAAGUACGUGUCGAGUCACGUUAUCAUCGGCUGAAGAAUCAUUUCAGUAAUUUUUAUCUACGAUCGCGGUUAAAAAUAAGAGAUGGACAGUAAAUUUUAUUAUUUGCUGCGGUAAAUUUACGGUGCUGUCACGUUUUUUUUUUCCGGACUCGUUACACUUAUUGUUUUAAAUAAAAAAUACGUUGAACGUAAUGAUUACUCAAUUUCACGUAUAUUUCACGUAAAUUUCACGUAAAUUUCACGUGACUAAAACCGUGCUUUUUACGGUUCUAAAGACGUAGCUCGGUAGCUCUGUUGACUCAUCGACAAAGUGUGGAGUGACGAUCGACACAAUAACAAUAACAAACCUCCAGCGUAUGGGUAAGAUCCUUGUCUUACAUGCCAGAGGCCAUCAACUGAAAUCUCGCUUGUACAAAAACAAAACGAUACAGCAAAUUCUACGGAACUGAUUCGUCAAUUUUCCGUUCACCCCAUGUUUACGCUUCAAGCAGUAAUUUUUACGAAACUUCUCACGUACUUUUUCCAGUAUUUAUCUCCGUGUAGUGAACAUAAUUUUCGAUAAUUACGCUAAUAUGUUAAUUUAUUUUCAUGAUUGAUGGAUAAUCCAAAUUCUAAUUUAUUGAAUUGAGAUAAAUUCAUGAGUUGACGCUCAUUCGUUUUGAGAAAGUAUAAUUUACCGUUGUAGUUAUUGAAAAUAAUUUGCCUAGUGCAAUAUUGUGCAAUAUCAUAAAAUUAUGAUGCAGUAAUGAUGCAGCUGGAGAUUCGGUCAAUCAAUAACUAUAUUUGUGAUUUUUAUUUCGGAAUUGCAGUCAUGCAGUAGAUGAGAUUUCAAUUUUUUACUGCCCAUCGCUUUUAACUCCUUCUCGUGAUACCCUGAACAAACAAUAUCUUCCAAUGAACUAUAAUUGAAUGUGUUCGCCAAAAUUUAUUGUUUUUAUACUAAAAAAACAUGUAAUAUUCCAGUGAAAUUUCACUGAACGCUUGUGAUCGUAAUUAUUUUUAAUAUUAAUGCAAGAAAAAUAAUCCAAGUUACUCUGCAAUUAGUACAUAAUCUACUAAAUCUUUGAUUUCGCACUUUAAAAAUUCCUCCGAGCUUUUGACGCCCCGUAAAAAUCAAAAGUCUCGCGACGGAAUCAAUAAACAAUCGAGAAAAAUAUGAACAAUUGUUUAAAACAAUCGCAUUUACCUGCGAGCUGGUGAUUAUUUUACAUGAUUCAAGAGCCUGAAAUCCAAAUGAGCAAAUUCUGGGAGUGUAAUAGUCACUUUUAAUUUUUCAUUUGCAGUAAUAAAUUUGUACAUAAAAAAAUCAUGGAAAAUUAUAAUAUAAUAUAAAACAACCAGCUUGGUGCUAUGAAUUAAUGUCUUCUUGUAAAUAUAUGAAUUUUUCCGUAUAACACAUA